CCGGUGACCGUCCUCAUGUGGUGGGAGCCCUUUGGGCGCAGCCGGCCUUUGGGAGACUGCGAGCGCCGCUUCGGCAUCCGCGCCUGCAACCUCACCACCGACCGGGGGCGCCAACUGGAGGCACAGGCUGUCGUCUUCCACCACAGGAACCUCAUCGCCAGCGGACUCAAGCACCUGCCUCGGGUUAGACCUCCCGGGCAGCGCUGGGUGUGGAUGAACUUCGAGUCACCCUCGCAUACCCAAGGUCUCCGGGACCUGGCGGGCAUCUUCAACUGGACCAUGUCCUACAGGGUGGACUCCGACGUCUUCCUGCCCUACGGGUACCUCCGCCCCAGCCAGACACCCGCCCCACACCUCUCCAUGCCCAGGAAGACCAAGCUGGUGGCGUGGGUCAUCAGCAACUGGAACGAAGAGCAGGUCCGCGUCCGCUACUACCGCCAGCUGAAGGACUACCUCCCCAUCGACGUCUACGGUGCCCACGGCCUGGAGCUGAAGGACAACAGUGUGGUCAAGACCGUCUCCGAGUACAAGUUCUACUUGGCCUUUGAGAACUCCCAACAUCUGGACUACAUCACUGAGAAGCUCUGGAGGAACGCCUUCACAUCCUGGGCAGUGCCCGUAGUGCUUGGCCCCGCGAGGUCCAACUACGAGCUUUUCGUUCCCUCCGAUUCUUUCAUCCAUAUCGACGACUUUGCCGGUCCCAGGCAGCUGGCCCUUUACCUGAAAUUCCUAGAUAGAAACAAGAGCCGGUACCGGAGCUAUUUUGCCUGGAGGAAGCGGUACGAUGUGCAGGUGACGUCCUUCUGGGAGGAACACAGCUGCAGGGUUUGCGACGCAGUCAGGACUGCGGGCAAGCAACCCAAGACUAUCCAGAAUCUAGCCAGCUGGUUUGAGAGUUGA